CAUUUAGUAAAUUAUGUAAACUAUGAAAUAGAUUGCCUAAGCACCGCGGGCACAGGCGUCUCGGGUUUAUGGUGACUAUAAAGUUUGUGCUUUGUCACAACUUUCCGGCAACGCAACUGUUGCUCAAUUCUCCUGUGUUACAUACCAAACUGAAACACAAUUGCGCGCACAGGCAACUAAACAGUCUCCGGACUCGACGAGGCCCCGCCACUUCCCGCAGUUUUUACCCAGCGCAACAGACUUGGCAGAGGUACACACAAACAAUAGAGUCUACAUUGUUUCGCUUCUGCUAGAAAACUAAAUGGAUUACGAUCCAACUUGGAUUGAACAAUUUAUUUCUCUCAUUGAAAAGAAGCCUGUCCUCUACAACAAGAACUCAGAUGAGUAUGCUGACAAAGACAAGAAAAAGAAAGCUUGGGUCGAGGUUUGUGAGGCUAUGAUUGAGAACUGGGAAGAUUUGAGUCAAGAGGAAAGACAAGUCAAAGGUAAUGAAGUACAAGGGCGUUGGAAGAACCUGAGAACAUGCUUUGCGAGGGAGCUCAGGGCACAGACGAAAGGGGUGUCAGGCCAGGCAGCCAAGAAGAGGCGACGCAAAUACAUCUACUUCGAGCGGCUGAUGUUUCUUCAUCCCACGAUAGAAGAUAGAAGAGAGACAAAAAGGGACGAAACUGUUCAUGAAACCACUAGGUCUACUGAAGCCGAACAGCAGGUGCUCGACGAAGAUGAGGCCCAAUCCAUCCAAAACCGGCUCUCUCAACCAGGUCCGUCUCGUUCUAAAAAGAGACAAGAAGUGUCCUUCGAGGAGACUCUUCUCAAUAUUUUACGAGAUAAGCAUGAGGAGAUAGAUGAAGAUAAGUCUUUCCUUUUGUCUCUUUUGCCAGCAAUGAAAAGAAUUAGAAGCGAAGAACACAAAUGCGAAGCCAAAAUUGAAAUGCUUCGCAUAACUAACAAAUAUCAAUUUAUGGACUCUCAACCCUCGGUCAAAAAAUAGGUCACCAGUCGGAGAAGCUGGUCAGGAACUCACCCCCCGUCAGUCGAUAUGGCUACAUGAAUCAGUCGCAAAGAAAUCGAGUACUAGCUACUAUUGCAACUGCGCUGUAUUCACAGGCCCACCCCGCCUUUACUGUGCCCUGCAUGAUGGAAGUUAUCACUGAUACUCCCCAAGAGAGUAUGAAUGAUUGAUUGACUGUAUGAAUUGAAUUUUAUUUUUUACGAAAGAAUAUAUUCAUUGUUGAAAUUUUA